AUGAGUGCUGAAAGCAUCAUCUUGAUCGGCCCAGAGGGGUCCGGCAAGUCUACAAUCGGCAAAAUCAUCGCCACGACUCUCGCAAAGGAGCUGUAUAGCAUUGAUCGCCACCGCGAUGAGCUCUACCCACCAUUUGGCUACGAUAAAGCCUUUGCAGAAAAGAUAUACAAAGAACAGGGCUUGUGGCCAUUUUACCAACAUUGGAAAAUCUUCGAAUUCCAGGCCGUUUCACACAUCUUGCAAACCGCUAACAAGGAGGGCGACGAGUUUUACGGCAAGGUAAUUGAUUUCGGAGCCGGACAUUCGGUAUAUGAGAAUCCAGAAGAGUUGGAAAAGAUUGAGGCUUUGAUGAAACCCUAUCCGAACGUUAUCUUGUUGAUGCCGUGUGAGGAUGUGGAGGAAGCCUUGAAGAUUACGGAGGCUCGGAGAAAUCACAAACUGGAUCUCAACAAACACUUUCUGGAGCAUCCAAGCAACAAGCGACUCGCAAAGUACACCAUCUAUACCAAAGACAGGACGGCAGAGGAAUGUGCUGAGAGUGUGUUGCAAAUCAUUAGAGAGAAUAUUCAGCAGGCGUCAAGGUCGAAUUAG